AUGGCAGAAGAAGAUUCACUAUUAGCUUCUUCUCCUAAUAAAUCUUCUUCUUCUUCGAUUCUGUCUGAAAUAUCAAAUGCCUCCACGAGAGCUUUUGUUCUUGCCUUCAUUGUUGGUUCUUCUGGUGCUCUUGCCUUUGGAUGCAUUGUCGGAUAUACAGCUCCUACACAGUCAAGUAUCAUGAAAGACUUGAAUCUCUCUGUUGCUGAUUAUUCACUAUUUGGAUCAAUAUUAACGGUUGGACUAAUCCUUGGAGCAUUAGUCUGUGGGAAAUUAACAGAUUUGACAAUAUGGAUCACCAACAUUCUCUUCGUAAUCGGUUGGCUCGCUAUAGCAUUUGCCAAGGGUGCUUGGAUGCUCGAUCUUGGAAGGUUAUUGCAAGGGAUCUCUGUCGGAAUCAGCUCGUACUUGGGACCGAUUUACAUCACCGAGAUAGCACCAAGAAACUUGCGAGGAGCUGCUUCUUCCUUGGUGCAGUUAUUUGUCGGUGUUGGUAUAUCGGCUUUUUAUGCACUUGGAACAGUCGUUGCAUGGCGCAAUUUAGCCAUUUUGGGAUCUUUGCCUUCUCUUAUGGUUCUGCCUCUGCUUUUCUUCAUCCCCGAAUCGCCUAGAUGGCUAGCUAAAGUAGGGAGGGAAAAGGAGGUCGAGGCGGUUUUGUUAUGCCUACGAGGUGCAAAGUCCGAUGUAUCAGAAGAAGCAGCAGAGAUAUUAGACUAUACACAACAUGUUAAACAACAACAGGAUGUGGAAGACCGUGGUUUCUUCAAGCUGUUUCAGCGAAAAUACGCAUUAUCACUUACCAUUGGAGUAGUUCUUAUAACUCUGCCUCAGCUUGGAGGUCUUAAUGGUUAUACUUUUUACACUGACUCCAUUUUCACCUCUACCGGUGUAUCGAGUGACGUUGGAUUCAUAUCGACAUCUAUUGUUCAGAUGUUUGGAGGCGUUUUAGGUACUCUGCUUGUGGAUGUAUCGGGAAGACGUGCACUCCUACUGGUUUCUCAAGGUGGAAUGUUCUUGGGUUGUCUUGCAACAGCCAUUUCAUUUUUCUUGCAGAAAUACAAUUGCUGGGAAACAGGAACACCUAUCUUGGCUCUCAUUAGUGUUCUGGUGUAUUUUGGAUCAUACGGAUUAGGCAUGGGACCGUUACCAUGGAUCGUUGCAUCAGAGAUUUAUCCAGUGGACGUGAAGGGAGCAGCGGGAACCGUGUGUAACCUGGCCACCUCUAUAAGCUCAUGGCUCGUUACUUACUAUUUCAGUUUCUUGCUUCAAUGGAGUUUUACAGGAACAUUUACGAUGUUUGCCAUAGUGAUUGGCUUUGGAUUUGUGUUCACGGCCAAGCUUGUUCCAGAGACCAAAGGCAAAUCUUUAGAAGAGAUUCAGUCUCAUAAUUUCACUGAUGAUUUUCCUUCUCAAGAUUCUACAAUAUUCUAA